UUCUUUUUUUCUAAAAUUAUUUUGAUCCAAUUUUUUUUUCUCCAAUUUUCUUUAAUUGUUAAUAGUAAAUUAAUUAUUCUAUUUCUAUUCUAUUCUAUUAAAUUAACAUAUCAUGGCUGAAGAUAAAGAGGUUCUUCGUCAGAUUUGGACAGCAAAGAUUCCAGUUUGCUUUCAUCUCGCUUCCGAGGAAAUAGUUAACUUUCAAAAACCUGAUCCAUAUUAUUUAAUGUGCUCAAGGAUCACUUAUUUCUCUCUGGUUAUGGAUAAGGUGGUUAAAUAUUUCUCUUCAUUUGUUGACUCUAGUAAACAAUCAGGAACAGACAUUUGGAUUGAAUAUGAAGGAACUCCAAUUAAAUGGCACUUUCCAAUUGGACUAUCAUGGGAUCUAAUUUCUGAAGAGGCUAGUCUACCAUGGAAUUUGAUUCUCCAUUUUGAUAAUUUUCCCGAGGACAAAUUAGUGAGAUGUAAUAGUCGAGCGUUGGUACAAUCAACGUUCAUGUCGACAAUCAAAGAAGCGGAUGCGUUAAAACAUCGAAGUCAAAUAAUCAGUGCAAUGCAGAAAAAGGAACACAAUCAACUAUGGCAUGGAAUUCAGGAGGAUAAAUUUGAAGAUUUUUGGUCUGUUAAUGUUAAAUUAAUGGAACACACAAAUAAUGAGCUAUUUAGGUGUAUUCCAUUUCGUUUUUAUCAGCUCGAUCAACCGUAUAUCCAAAGGUUAUUUAAACCAUUCAAUGAAGACAGUAAACCAAACACUUUGGGCGAUUUAGUUAAGCACAUUUUCACCGAAUCAAAUGAUUCAGAAAAUUGUGACGAUUUAAAAUUGAAAGUGAUGACCCACGGAAUUGAACCUCCAUUUGAAACUCCCAUCCAAUGGAUGUCAGAACAUCUUAGUUAUCCUGAUAAUUUUCUUCAUCUUUGUGUAAAAUCAACAUCAAAAUCUUCAUCACCAUCAAGUUAAUUUAGAUUAACUAACUAAGUGUUUCCGUAUUUCUGUUCGGUGCCAUUUUUUUUCUCCUCUCUUUCCUUUCUCUACUCACACAUCUUAAUUUCGAUUUUCUUUUUGACAAAAUUCUCUCUCUCUCUAUACUUUAUCCAUUUUGCUCGACUAAUGAUCUCACUAAUCCAGUUAUUUUUCACACUCCAAAAUCAAAGCCAUUCGAAUUAGAACUCUCAUAUUGAGAGAAUUAAUAUAAAUACGAAUUGAAAGAGAACAAAACAAAUUCGAGCAAAAGAAAAUAACUCAACUUUUUUUUUCGAUUCGUUUCUUGUAAUUUACUUUUCUUCCUCAUCUCAUCUUAAUUGUCAAUCUUUUUCUCUCAAUUUUGUGUAUUAAUGAGUUUUUAUUUUAUGAUGAUGAGAUUGUUACACUUUUUAUCAAUAAUAAUACAAAAAGAAACAUAUUAAUAUAUAUAUACAUAUAAAAAUGAACAUAAAAUGAGAUACAAUCAAA